UCGAACAAGUGCGACUAACAGUUCCUUCGACGGACGAUCCAACGUUGCAAGUGUUAACAUUCCGCUUAUGGAUUCUUGGUGUUCCACUUUGCAUCCUACAAUCGGUGUUGUUAAGAAUCGCUUCUUUCAGGCAGCAGUUUGUCUACAUAUCGCCCGCUUCUAUCGAUAUCUUCUUGUUCGGUGGAUGUAAUCUGUUAGCCAGAGUUUUGCCUAAUAAAGUUGUGAGAAUCCCGGGCACAAGAUGGAGUUUUUCGCUGAAUCCGUGCUCCUUCAAUAUCAAAGAACACAUCGCCAUGUCCAUAUUUGUUAAUUCGGUAGGCAGUCCAGGCUUUUACAACAUCACUAUCGCCAAGAUCUUUUACCGCAAAGAAAUUCAUAUUUUACCCGCUUUGCUCUUGGUUAUAUCAACUCAGUUCUUGGGCUUCGGAUUUGCCGGUUUGUUUCUAAAAGUUUUUGUGGAUUCACCGUACAUGUGGUGGCCUAAUGUAAUUGCCAGCAUCUCUCUUUACAGGGCAUUACAUGAGCAAGAUAAGAGGCCUAAGGGAGGGCUAUCACGUUAUCAAUUCUUUUUUAUUGUCUGCGCUGCGAUUUUCGCUUACAGCAUCAUCCCUGCUUAUUUCUUCCAGUCUGUUACUGCUCUCUCCUUUGUGUGUUGGAUAUGGAAGGACUCAAUCACUGCACAACAAAUUGGCUCCGGGAUGAAUGGACUCGGCGUUGGAUCAAUUUCGCUUGAUUGGAUGACUGUGACAAGUUUUUUAGGAAGCCCUUUAGUUCUUCCUUCAUUUGCGAUAUUCAAUAGGUUGAUUGGAUUUAUCGCGGUCGCAUACAUUAUUAUACCCUUCUCUUAUUGGAGUAAUGCAUUUGAAGCAAGAAAAUUUCCACUGUUUUCGACCAAUAUCUAUGAUUCUCAGGGCCACAAAUACAAUGUCUCUAGAAUUCUAGAUUCAAACACUACUGUCACCUUUAAUCAAGAAGCCUAUGAUAACUACUCGAAGAUAUACUUCACUACUUCACUGAUUUAUUCUUACGCAUUUAUUCUUGCUCAAUACACAUCCUCUAUUUCUCAGAUUACUCUUUUUUAUGGGAGAUCACUGUGGCAAAAAUUUAAGAGAGCAUAUAAAGACGAUGAUGAGCUAGAUGUGCAUGGGAGGCUAAUGAAGCAAAAUUAUAAAUCUAUUCCUCAGUGGUGGUUUUACUCCAUGUUGUUGUCCAUGAUCGGCAUGGCAAUUCUGGUCUGUGAAGGUUUUGGCGGUCAAAUUCAACUUCGUUACUGGGAAGUUUUGUUGGCAUGUGCUCUGGUUUUUCUGUUCCUUCCAUUGGAAUGCGUACUCGAAGCAAUUGCUGGUUCGGGAUUCACAUUAGAUUUGUUAUUGGAAGCCAUCAUUGGAUACUUGAAUCCAGGCAAACCUCUAGCCAACAUGGCUUUCAAAUUAUACGGAUCAGAGGCUUACCUAUUGGCAGUCUACACUAUAUCUAACUUCAAAUUAUCACACUACAUGAAGAUUCCUCCAAAAAUCUUAUUUCACCUCAUGAUUUUAGGCACGACGAUUUCAUGCUUCACUGAUUUUGGCAUAGCCUGGUGGAUGCUCCGAUCAAUUGAUAAUAUUUGUCAGCCAGACUUACUUCCGGAGGGAAGUCCUUGGACAUGUCCCACUGAGAAAGCAAUGUACAUCUCUGGGAUAACAUGGGGGCUUGUCGGACCUAGCAAGAUGUUUUAUCCCGAUGGCAUGUACUCAGUAGUCUUCAUCUUUGCUCUAAUUGGACUCGUCGCACCAAUUCCCAUUUGGUUAUUAUCGCACAAGUAUCCUGAAAAGAAAUGGAUUGGACUCAUUAACUUCCCAAUUAUAUUCAGUGCCGCUCAUAUUCUACCUUACGGUGGGAUUGUGGGUUAUUGGAGCUGGUUUAUUGUUGGUUUACUCUUCAACUAUUUCAUCUAUCAUAAACAUAGAGAAUGGUGGACUAGAUAUAAUUAUCUAUUAUCUGCUGGACUUACUGCGGGCUCUGCAUUUUUUGUUCUCCUGCUUAGCGUCUCUCUUCAGUUUCAAAAUAUAUAUGGAGUGAACUGGUGGGGAUUAGAAUUAGGUGAUCAUUGUUCAUUGGCAAACUGCCCCACAAUGCCUGGUGUUAUUAUCGAAGGUUGCCCCAUAAUCCAAUAACAAUUUUUAUCAUUAAAUCCAAAUAUUUCAAUAUGAUCUUGGAAAGAUAUGUAAUAAGAGGCAUAAACAUAGAGAAUAAUGGAUAAGAUUAAUUAUUAUCUGUUAU